CGCUUCAACGCUCCGUGCGAUCGCGGUCGAGUCGCGUGGAGAUCGAAAGAACGAGCGUGUCGUUAGCGAUUGUUAUCUAUUGUUAAGCGAUCUCUGAAGACUGCUACGUUUUUGUUUUUAAUAUAAUUUUUAACAACAAUAAUUUCCAAUAAUUAAAUUCUGAUUUAAAAAACGUAUAAAGAAAUCGAUUAAUUAUGGGGACGAUCUUCCGAUAUUGCGGGGACGGUGGAAACGAUUUCGAUUCGCGGUAAUGUGAAAAGCGAGGACACAUCGAUAUACUUUACGAGCGGCAGUGACGGCAUUAUGCCAACGAUCGGUGUGAUCCCGCGGGUGUUUCACGAAGGGCCGCGAAUAGAGAACGAUCGUUCGGAACGGACGGUAGUGGGCAGGUCGCUAUCGGGCGCGAAACGGCGCGUGAAUUAGAUCGAGACGAUGUGCGCGAAGUGAAAGAUGGCCCCGUUCCACGGCAUGGCCCUGCUGCUCCUGGGAAUCGGAUACCUGUUACACGCGGAACCACUUCACAGCGAACGCGGCAUCGCGCUCUUUCAUCUCAACGACGACAUGUUCGGCAAAGGGGAAAAGUCGCAACGCGGCCCAAAGAAGACCUAUUUUUUCAAAGACACGCCGCAAAACUUAACGGUGGCCAUAGGACAGGCCGCCGUUCUAUUAUGUCGUGUUAAAAAUCUAGGAAACAGAACUGUAUCUUGGAUCCGAAAAAGGGACCUACACAUCCUGACGUCCAUGUCGGUGACUUACACGAGCGACGCAAGAUUUACGGUAGUCGGCAAUCCGGAGACCGACGACUGGAAUCUGCGAAUAGAUUACGUGCAACCGCGGGACGCCGGCAUUUACGAGUGUCAGGUUAAUACAGAACCGAAGAUAUAUAGAGCCGUGGGACUGAAGGUUUUGGAUAUACAGGCGGAGAUCAAGGGUUCCCAGGAGUUAUACAUCAAGAAGGGCAGCACAAUCAGCUUGACCUGCACUAUAGAGCUACAGGAUCUGCCUCCGAGCAAUGUGACCUGGUACCAUGCCGGUGCGGUGAUCGAUUUCGAUGGCCCAAGGGGCGGCGUAUCGCUGGAGACGGAGAAGGGUAAACGUGGUACCACCAGCAAGCUCCUAAUAACGCGUGCUCAAUUUGACGAUAGCGGUAAUUAUACAUGCGCUUCGAGUAAAGUCACCCCGGCGAGCGUCAUGGUGCACGUGCUAAACGGGGAGCAUCCGGCUGCGAUGCAACACGGCGGCACCGGUGAUGUAAAUAGGAGACUUGUCCUACUCGUCCUGAUUUUCCUCGUCGAUACGAUGUUCCGGUGAGCGACAUGCUACCAAUCUCUUGCGAAUUCCUCCCGAAUUCACUCCCUGAGGCGACCGCACAAAUGCACGCUACGAUGGAGAGGGAUCGAUGACACCGGUGUGUGUCCGGCGGCGUAUAUGAUUGCAAUAAAGCCGAGUUGUUUUUUUCUCUCUCUCCUAUAUGGACGUUUCGCAUGAUCGACGUAUGCGUUGAUGCUAAUUCAGAAUCAUUUGUUUGACGAAUUUUCAUUGGCUCGGACUCUUUGGACUCUACAACGAUCGUUAGAAUA